AAAAAAAGAUUGUCCAACACCAAGAAGAAGCAUGAAGUACCUCGAGGAGCCGAGCCUGGACUGGGCCAACGCGGCCAUGAGCGAGGUCAGCGUCGGCGACCGGGUCAUCAACGGCCGCAUCGAAUGCUUCUCGUGCAAGAAGGCCGGCGCCGACAAGAAGCUGGCCAAGAGCCUCCAGCUGCAGUACCAGGCGGUCGGCGAAGCCAGCGCCAACCCGCUCGGGUCGCUCGCCGACGCCAACACGCGCAAGCUGCUCAUCAACUUGAUCUCGACGAUGAACGCGUCGUUUCCGGACUAUGACUUUUCCGACUUGAAGCCCGAGCAGUUCCAGAAAGAGGUCGACUUGCGCAUGGUCGUCAACGGCGUGAACGCGCAGCUGGCCGAGAUUGUCGAGAUGGACGACAUGGGCUUUCUCGAGAAGCUGUGGGACUCGAUCUUUGGCGCGAUUUCGCCCCGCGACUGCGAGAUUUACAGCUACAUCCCCGACAUGGACGGCUGCUCGGACCCGUUCAGCGAUGGCACGCUCUGGUCGUUCAACUAUUUUUUCUACCACAAGACGGCCAAGAAGAUCUUGUACUUUACGUGCAUGUCCCGAAGUAUCAUUAGCGACACGGACAUGGACGACGACGAGGCCAUGGAGACGGCCGACGAGAGCGAGAACGAAGACUAUGACGACGGCGACGAAGUCAUGAACGAGAUGGACUGGGAGGACGGUGUCUAAGGCGUGUGCACGGCGCCGAGCUCAACUCGGAACUCGACGCACUCCAUACGAGGCUGCGCCCUCCUCCUCCUCUCCACCUCUUUUCUCUUGUACCAGUAGCCCCGUUGUGUGCUUUCGUUUCUCGUUUUUCUAUAAAUGUCCCGUAAAUUUACACAAAAAAUCAUGUUUUUUCACAAUA